AUGAUGUCAAAGAUUAUUUCGCCAGAUAUCUCCUUAAAAUGCAACUAUGACCCCAGAAAUAAUUGUCAAGAUGAUCUUAAAACUAGUAUAGAUUCCAUCAAAACACCUUUAUCUGGUUCUAAUUCUUCCAUUUUGGAAUAUAUUUCACUUCAAAGCAGCAAUGUAAUGACUCCACCUAGUCCCAUCUCAUCAGAAAAUAGUUUCUCAAAUUUAGAUACCCAUGUCAAUAGCAGAAGCGAUUGUAGUAAUAAUGUAGUUGUUAGUAGAUCAAGUGAUAAAAGUGCUAGUAGAAAUAGAGGAACCAAUAUAGGAUCUUCUAAUUCUAAGAAUAGCAAGUAUUCAGACAAUAAAAAGCCUAUUAUUUUCAACCCUAUACUGGAGAAUAUAAAAGUACUAGAUGCUACUGAAUCAAAUACAAGUGAAAAUGUACUUUCAGAAGAUAUAGAAUUAACAAAAGAUUUAUUUUAUUAUAUAGAUGGACAGCCUUCACAUCCACCGAAUUAUGAUGACAUCAAUCCUGUUAGAAAUAUCAGACUUCCGAUUUAUGAAAAUACUAUGCCUGUUGAUAAAAAUGAAAAACCUCCAGAAUAUACACCAACAAUAAAUAAGAUUAUUAUAGUAUCUUUUAAACUAGAAAGAGUAUCACCAUAUGAACCCUCUACAUCACGAUUAUGGAAGGACUAUAUUAUGGAAAUCAAUUCUACUCAGUUAAAUUUUUAUUUAAUCAAUGAUACAAUAGCCGAUAAAAUUAAAACAUUGAGAAAUAAUAAAUCAGAUCGCUUUCUUAAUAACCAUGCAAAUACUAAUAAUAAAGACUCAUACAUCUUAUCACCUAAGAUAAAAAAAUCUAGUGCAUUUUUAUCAAAACUGUCUAAAGAAAGUUAUACAUUUGAUCUUAAUGAAAAUGAGCAAGAAAAAAUUUGCUCCUAUAUUUAUGAAAAUAGAUCUAAAUAUUUAUUACCUUCAAAUAUCUUUAAAACCUAUUCUUUGCAAUAUGCUAAAUAUGGUAUUCCAAUUGAUUAUCAUAAGAAACCUUUUGUCUUACGAUUACGCUGUGAGUCGGAACAAUUUCUUAUUAAUUUUAAUAAUAUUGAUGAUAUGAUUAUGUGGUCAGUGUAUUUAUCUAUUGGUAUAUCAGUAUCAUUGGAUUUAGAAGUGCGAGAAUUACCAAACUAUAGGGUUGUACCAAGAAGACGUAGACGUCAUAGACGUCGUCGUCAUCGUCGUCAUCACCACGGUUUUAGUCAUAUUCAUAAUCGUAUUCAUUUCGAAGGAUUGAAUCACGUAAAAGUAAAUGUAGCGUUAAGUAGAAACUUUGAAGUGUCGGCAAAUUCUUCAAUACCAAAAAAAUCAAGAUCUUACAGUUUAAGCUCAGUAAGGGUCGGCCUUUCUCUCAAUAACACUAAUUAUAAUAAUAAUCAUAAUCUUCACAUGUCAAAUAACAUUACAACUUUAUUUGAAGAAAAUAUUACAAAUUUUACAGAGUCACAUAAUAAUACUCAAGUUAUUGAAAAAAGUGCAAGUCCAAAUAGUCACUUAACUAGAACUUCGGAUACAUUUAUAUCUCAUAAUACUUCACCAUCCAUCAACUCUACAUAUGAUUUGAAUAAAUUUAAAAACAACACUUCUACUUCAACAAUUAAUGCGUCGUUUGUAUCAAAGAUGAGAAAUAUUUUCAAAAUGAAGAAAUCAUUUUCAGAAUUAAAUGACAGUAAGACUAUUAAACACAUAUCGUCCACUAAUCUUUCUAACGAUAGCUCAAUGAACAAUAAGAAAUAUACAAGAGUUAGAGCAAUGUCUACACCAUCUAUUUCAAAUACCCCCAAAAGUCAUAAUUCUGCUGAUAAUAAAAAUUCUAUAAACAAAAAAUGUGAUCACAAAAUACCAGAUUCCAGAAUAUGUGAGAGAAAGAUUACCGAGAAUCUUAUACAGGAGAUCCAUACUCAUCAUAGAAUGCAUUCUGGAAGAAAUAGGACUGAAAACACUUUUGAUAAUUAUGAAGACAAUAACGAAUUGGAUGAAUUUGAUAAUAUUGAUAGUAAUUUGACCGAUGAAGAUGAAGAUGAAGAUGAUAUAGAUAAUAGUAACAACGAUAUGAUAGUAUUUAAUAACAAUGAAGGUAACGUAUCAAUUUAUGCGGAAGAAGGGUAUUUUGAUGAUGAGGAUGAAGAUGAGGAGGAGGAAAUCAUGGACAAUUCAAUAUCAAGCCCUAUAAUAAAUAAUUCUAGAACUCAUUUAAAUCAGCUUCCCAUGUCUAUUGAGGAGUGUGUGUAUAAUGAAGAUGAUGAUAGAAAAUGGCAACCGAAUAAAAAAGAAAUGUCAAGAAAAAGAUACAUAAGAGACUCUUUGAGGUGUAUCAAACCUUUUGUAGAGGAUCAGGAAUGGAUAGGGCAUGUUGUUUUUAGGCCUAUAAAGGAACCUUCUUUUAAGACCAAUAAUCCACCUAUAUGGACUGGAAAUAAUGAUAAUAGGAAGAAAUUUAGAUAUUUAUCAAGUAGUGAUUAUAGUAAUGUAAAAAAUCAUUAUUUGAAACCGUAUAUUGUGGGUCCAAUAGGUUUCUUAAAGGCUGAAACUAAAAUAGUAUCACAGUUUCACCCACAGAAUUAG